GAGGAGGACGAGGAGGUACAUUCAGUUUAGAAGAGGGACAAGUCUCUUGAGUGAGUGAAUGAAGGUGAACUACUCCGGGGAACAAAAGUAGCGUUACUAAAGAAAAACAGCGACAACAAAACACUUCCUCUUCACGCUAUCGUCACUUUUUUUUUCUUUUUUGGGAAGACGAGCGAUUAAAGGUCCACUCACUGCAAUCUUACUUCUACUUUGUGGCUUCAGGUUGGCAGGUGUUCCUGAAUGCACCAUGGAGGAGGGAAGCUGCUUUGGUGUAUUGUAGAAGUGGACCUCAGCAUUAUUAUUUUCUAUUUUCCACCGGACACAUCUCCAGGGAGAGGAGUUGUUGAAGAAGAGUAAAAGCAUGUGCCACGUCAUCGUAACAUGCCGCUCCAUGCUGUGGACCCUGCUCAGCAUCCUCGUGGCCUUCGCUGAGCUCGUGGCCUUCAUGAGCCCCGACUGGCUGCUGGGAUUCCCUCGUUCUAAUUCCAGCGUGAGCCAUGUGGGGGUGGACUCCGGGGAGUACCGGCCCUCCCUCGGCCUCUACAGCCGCUGCCUUCGCCUGACCACCCGGGGAGGAGGUGUUAGCUGCGGGCCCUACGCCGGGACCUUCUCAGAGGUGGCCAGUGGCUUCUGGCAGGCGGCCAUGUUGUUUCUGGCCGGGGGGACGCUAGUGCUUGGGGUGGUGGCCUGCAUCUCCAUUUUCAGUCUGUGCUUCCAGAGCAUCCUGAGGAAAAGCAUCUUCAACAUAUGUGGUUUGAUGCAGGCUAUCGCAGGCCUCUUGCUCAUGGUGGGUCUCAUGCUCUACCCUGCCGGUUGGGGUUCCCAGAAGGUGCUCAGUUACUGCGGGCCAGAGGCCUCCCCCUUCAGGCCGGCCCUGUGCUCACUGGGCUGGGCUUUUUAUGCCGCCAUUGGGGGAAUCCUGGCGGCCUUCCUGUGCGCUGUUUUGUCCGCGCAGGCGGAGAUCGCCACCUCUAGCGAUAAGGUCCAGGAGGAGAUAGAAGAGGGGAAGAGUCUCAUCUGCCUUCUGUGAGCACUGGUAGUGGACAGACUGCGGACUUUUGGGGGAUUCUCCAGGUCCUAAGAAGCUGGAGGUGCUGUAUUCCUUCCUGAUGGAUUCCUUGUGGAGAAACACUUUCACAUAUUUGAAUGAAAAGUAAGAUUUCUCAUCGGCUCUCAUUGCUUAGUCAGUGUAUACACCUAGAUCCGAUAGAAGAGCUGUACAGAAAAAUUCUGCCUAUACAAAAAUAUCUAGGCAUGCAUUUUGGUAGACGACCACCGUGUAGCCCACCAGACAUAUAACAAGUUCAUUUUUAACCUUUAAUAAUGAUUUUGAGUGCAUGAGAAAGUGGCAAGGAAAUUGCAGCUCUCUUUGACCACAUGGUCAUUUGAUUAACAAGCAUGCUGCACAACACAGCAGCAAGACAACAUGUUACAAGUGUACAUAGUAGUAAGAACUGUGUGGUGCAUGCAGAGGUAGAUAAAGCUGCUGGAUGCUCACCACUCCGAUAUUUCAAAGGCAGCGACUGGCUUCUUGUGGAGUUAAUACAAAAAAACUACAUCAGGAGGUUGCCUACAGCCACGGCCACGGCGAUAUUUAAGCUGAAAUGUGUGUGCAACUACAGUGUAUAAAUCCAAAGCUAGAGGUAUUGAGUGAACAAUAUGUUUAUCGUGGUUUUACUUUGCAGUGGUGCAUAAGGAAAGAUGGCAUCGUUAUUAUUAUUGUAUGGCAGAAUUUUUUCACAGCUCUUGUAUGAAUCUUAGUACAUUGCUGGUGUAAGUACUCCGUGAGUAAGCAGAGUGCACAACUUCCAGUAAACACAGAUUGUCAUCAUUUUUAUGGUUCACCUGCAAAGCUGAACACGCCAGGAAACACCACCAUGUGUCCGUCCACGAGAGCGGUCCACUGUAUAGCGGCGCUGUCUCCAACGAAUAAUGAUUGUUUGUAGCUCUAAUUGCAGAACCUCCGUGAGCCUGAUAGUGAUGUAGUAGCUUACCAUGGCAGGAUAGACUAUGCCACACUGCAAAAAACUGCAGCGCAAAACUUCACUCGUGCCAAGAUAUUGCUUUCAUUCAUCGUAGAAGGCGAGGUGUGCAAUAAUGAUUUUCUGUGAAAGUUAAUAUGCUGUUUUUUUUAUUUUACGUUAACAAGAGUAAGAGCAUUUGUGUGGCUUCGUAAGUGAGCGAAUAGCUGAUGUGACUCUAGAGAAUUACACUUUGUACUUUUAAUAAAAUAAGUCUUUAUUAAUAACCUCAGGGGAUUUUUGAAGAAACACUGACACAGGUGAAAAUAUGAAUAUGUCUGUCCCCUCUUAAAGCGCACCUAGUAUAUGACAAGUGAGUUUACACCCCUCACAUUUCAGCAACCGUUUUUAUUACAGUGUAUUUUCCCAGGGGACAGUGCUUUGCUAGAUAGAUAGAUAGAUAGAUAGAUAGAUAGAUAGAUACUUUAUUCAUCUACAAGAGAAAUUCACAUAAAACAAACAGAGCUGCUUGAAAGGCAGCCACUCGCGGCAGCACCGGUAAAAAUGGUAAAAAUUAAAAAUGGAAAAAAAUGAAAAUUGGAUGUACUCUACAGCAGUGAUUUUCAACUGGUGGGUCGCGGGACGUUUUUGGGCAAGACAUUCCAAAAAAUAACCUUGCGCUUUUAUUCUGAAGGGAAUUUUGGAUUGUCGCCUAAUAAUAGUCAUAUAUGUAGCGACAACGCUUUAUGGUGCUACUAAGUCUGUAACCUACGACGGAGUAUUAGGGCCACAUUGAAAAAACAUAAUAAUCUGAGAUUUCGAGAAUAAAGACGUAAAUUUACGAGAGAGAAAAAAAUUGGAAACUUACGAGAAUAAAGUGGUUAAUUUUUGAGAAAUAAGGUUGUAAAUUUACAAGAAGAAAAGCCGUAAUAUUACCUUUGCCCAAGGCCGAAGGUCACACAAGUCCCCCCUUUUCAUAGCUGUCCCAGGCAAUGCCUGAGACGAGUUGCCUGUUACAACGGAGUAGUAAAAUAAUCUGAGAUUUCGAGACUAAAGUCGUAAUAUUACGAGAAUAAAGUUGUAAAUUUACUAGAAAAAAAAGAA